CUUUCCUAGUCACCAUAUGUCAAAUGAUUCAAAUGGAAAAUAGCAGUGGUUCACACUGUUGGAUACCAGCCUCUCAAAGUCCAGCGGGCACCAGAACUGAUGUGAAGCCAAACAUCCAAGUGCAGUACAGCACCAACCAACAGGGAAUGUACAAUGCUCCGUGCAGUAUUUACAACGUGCCCACUAUAACCCUCCCACCCAACCCUACACAAACAUAUAUCAUACAGGAGGCUUCCCAGCCUCACCAGAAUAUACAGCCUACCUUCAUUCAGAAUAACAACACUACAAAGUCAGAAGAAUUUCUAAAGUGCCGGCACUGGCCCGCCUGCAAGUUCUACACAUCAAACGCGCAGUCGCUCAAAAACCACGAGCUCACGCACUACGCGCAACAAAACCUGUACACGUGCGCAGACUGUAACAUCCACUUUACGAACAAGUCGUCAAAAGACGAGCAUACGCGCAGGAAACACAAAACCUGGGCUAAAGUGUACUCGUGUAGUCACUGUAACUAUGAGACUUCGUUAUUGGAUGAGUUUUCAGAACAUAAUGUAGCCUAUCAUUUAGACGCUGGCACGUCAGGUCAGAUAUAUCAGUGUCAUCAAUGUAACUACAGCACCAGUUGGAAAUGCUUCAUGGACUCACACUUGUUGAUACACUCUAAUAAUGAGCUCGACUACAGAGCGAAUAAAAAGGCUAAAUUUGACACUAUAAACAAUAAAGAAGAUGAUUUGAAAUCAGACUCAGGGCAAGUUAAACAAGAAACUGUUAAGUCUACAGUCCAAAUACCAAGUCCACAGGGUCUUAGUAAGAGUCCGGGCAAAUGUUCAGUCAGUUCAGCUAAUAACAAUUUAACGUUCAGUUCUCAGCAGCUGAGUGCACCCCAAAACAGUGUGGCGCAGCAAGCGCAACACCAAAGUGGGAACUCAGGGGACCAGCACAGCGCGAGCCCGUCCCCACAGCGCCACAACGCCUCACACAACAGCAACUUAUUGGGUUCCAUAGCUUCCGCCACUAUAUCCACCCAGCCCAUAUCCAUGCCACUCCAGACCACCCUAUCUAACAUAGCACCAAUGGCGGCUGUAACAACAAACAAUAACAACGGUUCAAUGACACAACUAACGACAAUGAGUCCGAGUGUGGGGUUCAACAACUCGGGUAAUAGCACCCAGAAACAAGACCCCCUGUACCGGUGUAACAUGUGCCAUCAUUUCACUACCACGUGUCAGGGCACAUUGCACCAGCACAUAAAACACCAGCAUAACACGUGUCAGGAAUGUGGGUAUACUUCUAACAGUAUCACUGAACUGUCGCUUCAUGUUUGCCAUACUUACGAUGGCCAGAAUACUUACACUAAUGCUAUUCUCAACCCGGCAGAUAAUGGUCCGCCUAUAAACUUUGGUGCUAUGAACACUGGGUAUGUACAGCAGCAGCCUGCUUACAACACAGCGCCCAGUGCUAACUCUAACAACAAUACCAACAACUUGCAGCAUCAAGCGCCGCAGCAGCCUGCGCAGCCCGCUAAGAAACGACCGAACAGGGCCGUGGUGGACGAUGAUUUUCAGCAGGGAAUUUACAGGUGUAGGAAAUGUAAUUAUGGGACAAGUUGGAAGUGCUUCUUGGACUCACACAUGUUAACUCACGGUGGAGCCAACUGACAGAGAUAAAGAUGAUGCAGUGAAUUUGCAGUUUCCUUUUCUUAUACAAGUUGAUUUGCUGGCUGGUCAGCAGAUUGUCGAGGUUUAUCAGAAUUCAGACUAAGUAAGGCUACGGUUAUAUGAUAAUAAUAUAUUUGAAGAUCGAAGGCUUGAAAAUCGAAUGGGACAAGCUGGUGUAUUGUAAGAUUACUGAAUAUUUGUUCGGUAGAUUGAACUUACAAUCGAAGAUAGAUCCUCAGAAAUCUUACAUAGAUCUAUAUUAUCUACGUUUUAUUAACGGUAAAUUUUCCGAAUUUUGUUAAUACUUAAAUAGAUUUAUAUGAAAUAAUUAUCAUAGUUCGUUUUUGUUUUGCAACUGCUUACGGCAGGCACUUUUUACAUUGGUAUUAUUAGGCAUCGUUUAAGUUCAAAGAAACGAAUGCACAUUAUUGUUGCGUGUUACUUUUUAAAACACGUCUCAUAAUGUGAUGAAAAGUAAUCUUGAAGCUGUGAUAAACAUUCCUUAAAUCAGAACCGUCCGUCAAACCACAUUACUUCACAUAUUAAAAAAAGUGUCCUUUACUAAAUAACCGUAACUUGAGCAUAGAAAAAAACAGAUAACCAAAGGAAUAAGGACAGCAUAAUUUAAAAAUAAGUUAUAAAUACUUACCAUGAUGAACAAAUGAACGGUUCUCAAAUUCCUUGUUUAUCACAGUCAAGUUUACUAAUUAUGAGAUUUUAUUUAGUCUUGUAAUUUUGAUGCACAGGAAAGUUUGACUUUUGAGAAUAGGCCAGGAAACAGGAAAAUAGUUCCGAGAUAAAACUUGGAGUUAGUUAAUGGCGAUUGAUUUCUAGUGUUCUUACUACCCGUUUGUUGUCCGCAACACUAUUUCAUGACUCAGGCCUCAGCGGAUAAGCCUUAGUUUGUGGCAGGAUAUUAUGUCGCGAUAUUAUAUCGAUCUUGUUAUAUUUGCAGAGAUGGCUGAUGAGCAAAAUGUAUUACUUCUGAACAUCAUCUCCCUAGACCAGUUUAGGUCUAAUUAGGCUGAAAAUUAAAACCAUCAAUUAUAUUGUAGAGUUGCAAUACGACUUAUGUAGAGAGAUUACAUACGUUUAGAGUUGAAAGAUCAAUGAUGAGUAUCUACAGAUCUGGUACUAAGGUUGUGCUGAACAGGGGAGGCAAUGGAGAUCAAUUAACUCGUGAAAACGUUUAAUCAAUCAAGUCGUUACUCCUUUGAAUAAAAUGCAUGACUCUGUAUCACCUGCCAAAAUGAAGUAGGUGUGUCUCCAUGAUACUUUAUACUGUACUACUAUACAAACAUACCUCGUCCGAAGCCAUAUUGGAAAUCUAAUGUUAUGAACAAUGAAAAACAAAAAAUCUCAAUUUUUGGGCUAAAGACUCUUUAGCCCAAAAAUUGACAGGCCCUAGCUAAAUAGUUUAGAUGGAUAAUUGGAGGUAGGACAAUGACUCCCACAAUGACCAAAUGAUAAUUGUUGAAAGAAGGAGGUAGUUUUAUCCAGUAACGUUAAUAACUAGCGCGGCCUGCCUUUUGAACUUAUUAUUGAAAACUGGAAUUUGAAGAGAAUGUUUAUAAUAGCGGUUUAUCCAUUGUCUAUAUUAUUAGUUUAUUAGAGAGUAUUUGUAUUAAAUGAAUU